CCCAGCAUGCACGGCGCUUCGUUUACCUCGCCAUUUUGUAUGAUUUCGCGGGAAGGAGUAAAAUUGGUCAGAUUUUAAUCGAAAGGCAUCCUCCGAUCGGAGUGGCCAUCUGACCAUGGAGAAUUCGUACGGUAUUGGUGUGAAGAAUAGAUAUGAACUAUUUUAUGAUGACGACGAGGACCCAGUGGAAUUGCUCCGACAGCAGGAGGAAGAGAAAGAGAAGCGGAAGGCAGAGAAGAUCACAUCAAAGGACAAGUCUAAAGGCACCAAGAGCGUGAAGCCACCUCCGAGCUCAACCACAAAGAAAAUCCCCAAGGAAAUCCCAGUAAACAAGUCUCAGGAACGCGCUGCACCACAGCGAGACGAAAACAACAGAGCGAGGACAACACGGCCCGACCGAGCAGUGAAAUUUGCCUCCGGGCCUAGGGAUGACCAACGGGACUUUGAGGAACGGAAAAACCGACGCAACAGGGAAGAACGGACCGGACCUGGUUCUGAGAACCGCUUUGAUUCCAACAGAGACCGUGGGGAAGGGGACCUGAGAAGAGGGGGACGUGGUGGGGGCCUCGGCAGGGGAGGAUUCCGAGGUGGACGUGGCCGGGGGGCUCCUGGCCCUCGUGGCUUUGACAGUCGGGGCAAGCGCGAGUUUGACAGGCAGAGCGGCAGUGACAAGAGUAGCGUCAAGCCCGUGGACAAGAAGGGUGGUGAGGGCCAGUACAACUGGGGCACAGUCCACGAUGACCUGGAGGUCCAGCUGAGCCCCUUUGCUGGAGAGGAAGCCGCUACUGGCGACACCAGUGUCCUUGACAAGAGUGGCGAAGAGCACUCUGCUGAAAACGCAGCCGACACAAGCAAAGAAGAAGGUGGAGAGACAGCAGAGGAUGAAGCUGCUGCUGCUGCAGCCCGGGAAAUGACUUUGGAUGAGUACAAGCGUGAGCAAGAGCAGAAGCGUUCCCGCGCCAGCUUCAACAUCCGCAAGCCAGGCGAGGGAGAAGAGAAUGCCCAAUGGAAGAAGAUGUAUGUGCUCAAGAAGAAGGAAGGGGAGGAAGACGACGAAGAGGAAGAUGAGGAGGAGGUGGGCAAUGAUUUGACAUCUUUUGAGGACGACGACGAGUACGCCAGGCGUGGACGCCAGCGACAGGUCGUCGACAUCGAGAUCAACUUUGCGGAUGCCCGCCGUGGCCGAGGCGGUGGUCGCGGACGCGGGAUGGGACGCGGCAGUCGUCCCGGAGGCCCGCAGGGCGAUAGGGGCCGCCCCAGGGAACCUCCUGUUCGAGGUGGUGACAGCCACGCCCCCAAGCAGUCGGCUCCAAAGGUAGAUGACUGGAACGACUUCCCUUCCCUUGUGACCGCCUGAGCCGCAGAGUUGCAGCAGCAGCAGCGAGAUGUUCUGUCCCCGUUUCUUUUUCUCCACUGUUUUUGUUUCUUCCCACCAAGACGCCAGUCUCAAUGGAAGGAGUUUGUUUUUUUGUUGAGAUCGUCCGUGCAGACGAGACCCAAUUUGGCCGGUCCUUGUUGCUCGCUGUAGUGGGGUUAGUGAGUGGCGAGCUCCCGUCCGACAGCCGCACUCGACCACACUGGUGUGGUCGAGGCAUACUUUGUGGGCCCACAGACACACACACACAUGCAGUUCUUUUGUGGGGUCGGGCGUGCUCUUGCACAGUAGGACUCGACCUAGUUUCGUUUCAUCUGUCAGCCAUUGCAGUUGGGAGAACAAGAAACGAAGUUAAUGUAAUUACCAACGAGAAACGAGUUGUGAUUGGACGUCACCCUGUAAGUUUUGUUGUCUCGCUGUGGAAUUAAAAUGUUUUUCUUGA